UUUUUUAUAAGGUUUCUGCUAAACUACCAACGUCCUAAACAGUACCAGACUCCCCACCCAAACCACCAAGGUUUCUGCUAAAAUGUCUGUAGUACUGUUCUUUCUUCUUCUUAUCUUCUCCAUUAAUGGAGCUGAAGCCCAAACCAAAGUUACGGGUAUCGGUAUACUCAUUGAUUCUAAUGCCCGUAUUGGGAAAGAAGAGAAAGUAGCCAUGAAAAUUGCAGCUCAAAACUACAACAACCAUUCAAACACUCACAAAGUCACUCUUCAGGUACUAGACUCCCUUAGGGUCACUUCUUCUGCCGCAGAGAAGAUGAUUAGGAAGAAAAGGAUAAAAGUGAUGAUUGGCAUGCACACGUGGCCAGAAGCAGCUCUUGUAGCCGAUGUUGCGGGGCAAGCUCAUGUUCCGAUCAUUUCGUUCGCAGCACCAACCAUCAACCCUCCUCUAAUGCCACUUCGUUGGCCUUUCUUGAUACAAAUGGCUAAAAAUGGUUCUCAACAGAUCAAAUGCAUUGCAGAUAUUGUUCGUGCGUACAAUUGGCAAAGGGUCAUUGCAAUUUCUGAAGAUGGAUCUUAUGGCACUGACUCCGGCAUGUUUGUACUUUUGUCCGGUGCUCUACAAACUGUUGGUUCUGAGAUGGAGUACCAUUCAGUUCUCCCACCAAUUUCUUCUGUGUCUGAUCCGGAAAGGGUUGUCCAAGAAGAGCUUAUUAUGCUAACGAAAAAAAAAUCUCGUGUUUUUGUCGUCCUUCAUUCAUCACUAGAGAUGGUAACUUAUUUGUUCAGAGAAGCUAAGCAGAUGGGACUAGUCGGGAGAGACUCGGUUUGGAUAAUUUCAGACAGCAUUAUGAAUCUGCUAGACUCUGUCAACAACUCCGUUAUUUCAUCUAUGGAAGGCGCGUUGGGAAUCAAGACCUACGACUCCGAGAAGGUUGGCAAUUCUGAGUAUCAAGAUUUUUAUGCCCAAUUCCGGAAAAUAUUCAGAACCGAAUAUCCAGAGGAAGAUAACUCCGGCCCUGGAAUCUAUGCUCUACGAGCAUAUGAUAGCAUUAGGCUUGUCACAAAAGCGAUAGGGAGAAUGGCUAAUAACACAAGUAGUAGUCCAAAGAUAUUGUUAGACAAUAUGUUAUCAAGCAAUUUCUCUGGUCUAAGUGGUAGAAUACAUUUUAAAGCAGGGCAACUCUCUGAAAGUCCUGUAUUUCGGAUUGGCAUGGUUGGGAAGAGAUACAAAGAAAUAGACCUCUGGACACCAGAUUUCGGCUUCUCAAUGAGCCCUUUUGUUGAUAAAUAUGAAGAGAAAAUUUGCCAUGGUAGCUUUUUUUAUACGGCAAAGUCUUUGGUCAUUCCAGAACGGAAUCAAACAGGUUGGGAAAUGCCUACUGAUUCAAAGCCAUUGAAAUUGAAAAUCGGAGUUCCAGGUGGAACCACGUUUAAGACAUUUGUGAAGGUUGAGUACGGGGAAAAACCGAAUCAAAAUAAAUAUGAUGGCUUUUGCAUUCAUGUUUUCAACAAGGCGCGAGACCUAUUAGAAUAUCAUCUACCUUAUGAAUUUGAGACACACAGGGGCACCUACGAUGAUCUGCUUUAUCUUGUCCAUAAUAAGACUUAUGAUGCUGUCGUUGGCGACUUCACCAUACUAUCCGACAGACUGCAGUACGUUGAUUUUACUGUUCCAUAUACUGAAUCAAGUUUGGUACUGAUAGUUCCAGCAAAAUCCGAGAGGUUCGAAUUUAUGUUUAUAGAGCCUUUCACUUGGGGAUUGUGGGUAGUCACUGGUGCCAUUUUGAUGUACACAAUGUUCACAGUUUGGUUCCUGGAGCACCAAUCCAACCCAGAAUUUAGUGGCCCAUGGAAGAAUCAGAUCAGUACUGCACUUUGGUUUACCUUCUCCUCUCUGUUCUUUGCCCAUAGGGAGAAAAUCAACAGAAAUGACACACGUUUGGUGAUUCUGGUGUGGCUCUUUGUAGUGAUGAUCCUAACCUCGAGCUACACUGCCAGUUUGUCUUCAAUGCUCACCGUGCAACAACUACGAUCAAAUAGAAUAUCGUGA